GUCGCGCGGCAAGCGCCAUCCGUAUAUUAACCACCCUCGUUACGUCUACGACCGCAUCAUAUCUCUACAAAGGUUGCUGAACGUUUCUUAAGGAUGGAGCGGUUUCGCUCCAUCGACUGGGAGGCUGUCCGAAAGGACAGUCAUAAAAUCUUCGCGAAGCUGAUCAGAACCCGUGAAACCAACGCUUCCGAAGAACCUGAUGUAACUAUUUCAACCCGGACCCGACUCUCCCGUUGCCUCUCAACCCUCGAUCUGAUUUCCCUGGGAGUUGGAUCAUGUGUGGGAACCGGAAUGUAUUUGGUGACUGGAAUGGUGGCCCGCAACCUUGCCGGCCCUGGAGCUGCUCUAAGCUUUGUCAUAGCAGCAGCAGCGAGCAUCUUUUCAGGUGCUUGCUAUGCGGAGUUUGGAGUAAGGGUACCCCACACCACCGGAUCUGCAUACACUUACUCCUACGUCACCGUCGGAGAAUUCGUCGCGUUCAUAAUCGGCUGGAAUAUGAUAUUGGAGUAUAUGAUCGGAACUAGUGCUUGCGCUCGCGCACUUAGCUCGUGUCUCGACGCCAUGUGGGACGGAGCUAUCAACAACUACGUGACUUCUAAACUUGGCACUGUAUUCGGAAAGCCUCCAGAUAUCGUUGCAUUCGGAAUCGCCAUUUUGAUGACCGUUGUUCUCGUAGCAGGAUUGAAGAAAUCAUUAUUCUUUAACAACGUGUUGAACGUGAUCAACAUUAUGGCAUGGACUUUUAUGUUGGGAUCCUCGCUCUUUUACGUGGAUACUAAUAAUUGGACAAGGCAUAGAGGAUUUCUACCAUUUGGAUGGGCUGGAGUACUGAACGGCGCUGCUACAUGCUUUUAUGCUUUCAUUGGAUUUGAUAUUAUCGCAACUACUGGAGAAGAGGCCUUAAAUCCCAAGCGAUCGAUUCCUUUGGCCAUUGUCCUGAGUUUGGUCAUCAUUCUACUGGCAUACGUCAGCACCUCCAUGAUUCUAACUUUGAUAAUGCCUUUCGAUGAAGUAGACACGAACUCGCCCCUCAUGCAGAUGUACGCAUACGUUAACGCUCCUGCUUGCAAAUACAUCAUUGGGAUUGGUGCGCUGGCCGGCCUGACUGCGUCCAUGUUUGGUUCGAUGUUUCCUUUGCCACGUGUGGUCUACGCUAUGGCGUUAGAUGGACUGAUAUUUGCCCGACUAGCAACCGUAUCGGAGAGAUCUGGAACACCGGCGUAUGCAACCGUCUGCGGCGGUAUCUCUGCUGCUGUCAUCUCACUUCUCGUCCAGCUGGAAGUUUUGGUGGAAAUGAUGAGCAUUGGUACUCUGCUGGCAUACACCUUGGUAUCCACUUGCGUGCUGAUCUUGCGCUACCAACCAAUUACAACCAACCUGGUCGCACUUUUGCCUGAGCACAUCCGCACACCGAUGGACACCGAGAGAACUGGCACCCGACAACCAGAUUCGACCAUUGGUGGACUUGGCCAACCGCACGUUGUCCAAUCUAGCCAAAGGGUGAUGAUCCGUCGAGUUACCCGCAGCUCCCCCGAUUCUGAUGACACUCUUCCAGGCGAUGAGAGCGACGAAUACGGACAAGAUGACGCCUAUUUGGUUAACGCGAACAAUGAGAACGAAUUUUACGGAACAGUACCAACCGGAUGUACCGCCAGCCCUUCACGACUCGCUCGGUUCUUCAACUCAAUCUACCGCCGCAUCAACGAAUUGUCUUACCUAUGUCCUGGAUUUUUCCCGUGGGUAGACCGUGGACCUGCUACCCGUGACUCUGGUUUGUUCGUCAUCAAGGCCGUUGGCAUUUUAUUCGUGCUGAUUAUCUUGUUCGAUACGCUAGCUGCCUAUGGAUCACCAAGCGAAUCAAGUUUUACGGCUGGACUCAUGAUCGUACUUGUUGUGGCAAUUUUCAUCACUCUCCUGGCCAUCUCCCGAAAACCGCAAAAUCGAGCUAACCUGAUAUACGCGACACCGUGCCUGCCCUUCGUUCCCGCCAUCGCUAUUCUAUCCAACAUUUACCUGAUUUUAAAUCUUUCCAUUCUGACUCUUAUUCGAUUCACCAUCUGGAUGAUUUUUGGCUUGUUCAUGUACUUCAAGUAUGGAAUUAAGAACUCUACUUUGGAAAAAAACCCACCUAUGCCACGAGCCCCGACUCCACCUCAACCAAAUCCAUUGGACCGCACCACCAUCCCACCCGCGACUAAUCAGAGCAUGACUACUGGAGACCGCAACAUUUUCGAAGGCGACGGCAAUGGAAUGUAUGGAAACCCGGAACUGCAGUUUGUGGAUACUAUUCUCACUUGGCAUGAGCCUACUUUGGAACCAGUGCAGUCGACCAGCCGCAACACCGGACCUAUGCAAGUGGAAACUCGAUACGACGAGCGUACUAACAGCGUCUCCUACCACACAUCCUACCCACGGCCACCAUGGGCAUACCCGGAUGUCACAUACGACAACUGGGACUAAACCUCUCAGACUUGGCACGACAAAAACUUCUAUUUAAUUUACGAUUUGGUAUUUAAUUUAGUAGCAAAAAUGAACGCACAGAUAAAAUAGGUAUUAUUUCAAUGCCAAAAGC